AUGUCCCUGACCCAGCACCCCAAGGCCUACGCCUCGGCCGCCCUCGUCGCCGCCGCCUUUGCCGCCGGUGUCCUCGCCACCCUCGGCUUCAAAGACCUCUAUCCGGACCUCGAGCGCCGCUACCAGCGCAAGACCAGCGCCGGCGGGCGGUCCGUCCGCCGCCAGAGCAGCUUCUUCUGGGGCUCGCCCCUCACGCUCGAAGACCAUGAAUCCGACGACGGCGAGCCGUUGACAGUCGCCGCCGCAGCACCGCCAGUCGCCGACGGCAUCGAGGCCUGCAUCGGCAACACGCCCCUCGUCGAGAUCCGCUCCCUGUCCGAGGUCACGGGCCGCACCAUCCUUGCCAAGGCCGAGUUCCUCAACGGCGCCGGCAACAGCCCCAAGGACCGCGUCGCCCUCGGCAUCAUCCGCCAGGCCGAAGCGGACGGCCUGCUGACCCCCCACCGCGGCGACACCAUCUAUGAGGGCACCGUCGGCAGCACCGGCAUCUCCCUCGCCACCCUCGCCCGCGCCCGCGGCUACCGCGCCCACAUCUGCAUGCCCGACGACCAGAGCCUCGAAAAGUCGGACCUGCUGCUGCACCUCGGCGCCGCCGUCGAGCGCGUCCCUGUCGCCCCCAUCACUAGCCCCGACCACUUCGUCAACCUCGCUCGCCGCCGCGCAGCCCAGCACGCCCAGUCGGCCGCCGACGGCAGCAGGGGCUUCUUCGCCAACCAGUUCGAGUCGCCCGCCAACUGGCGCGCCCACCUGCACACCACGGGGCCCGAGAUCCUGUCCCAGACAGACGGCGCCCUCGACGCCUUUGUCGCCGGCGCCGGCACCGGCGGCACCAUCUCGGGCCUCGCCCGCUACCUCAAGCUCGAGGCAAAGCUAGCCCGCAUCCGCGUCGUCCUCGCCGACCCACAAGGCAGCGGCCUCUAUAACAAGGUCAAGCACGGCGUCAUGUACUCGUCGACGGAGCGCGAAGGUACCCGCCGCCGCCAGCAGGUCGACUCCAUCGUGGAGGGCGUCGGCAUCAACCGCGUCACCAACAACUUCGAGGCCGGUCGUGAUCUCAUCGACGACGCCGUCAAGGUCUCCGACGACCAAGCCUGCCGCAUGGCCCGCUGGCUCGUCGAGAGGGACGGCAUUUUUGUGGGCAGCAGCAGCUCCGUCAACUGCGUCGCCGCCGUCGUCACCGCCAUGUCUCUGCCCGCAGGGAGCCGUGUCGUCACCGUCCUGUGCGACUCGGGCACGCGCCACCUCAGCAAGUUCUGGAAGCGCAUCAAGGAGCUGGGGCUGGAAGACGACGAGACCACGGACCUCUUUCUAGAGCUAGGGAUACCCAAGGCGGGAGAUGAAUCACGUAAAUAG